CGCUCUAUGUGUGUGUGUGCGGCAAGCAAAUAAAUGCUUUUGCAACGCUUUUUUAGCCAUUUUAUCUCGAGUCGAAAUACUGUAAAAAAUUGUAAAAUGGAUUUACGUUUCGUAUUCAUCGUUAUACUGCUGAAGUGGACCUAUGCACAAGGUUCACAUCCGCCGCGAAUAGUGGAACAUCCCAUAGACACGACCGUGCCGCGACACGAACCUGCAACGCUUAAUUGCAAGGCAGAGGGCUCGCCCACGCCCACAAUUCAAUGGUACAAGGAUGGCGUACCACUCAAGAUACUGCCCGGAUCGCAUCGCAUCACCCUGCCGGCGGGUGGAUUGUUUUUCCUCAAGGUUGUCAAUUCACGUCGCGAAACAGAUGCUGGCAUCUACUGGUGCGAGGCGAAGAACGAACUGGGCGUGGCACGGAGUCGCAAUGCCACGCUGCAAGUGGCGGUGCUGCGCGAUGAGUUUCGCCUGGAGCCGCAGAACACGCGCAUCGCACAGGGUGACACAGCGCUGCUGGAGUGUGCAGCGCCGAGGGGCAUACCGGAACCGACGGUCACGUGGAAGAAGGGCGGCCAGAAAUUGGAUUUGGAGGGCACGAAGCGUAUACGCAUCGUUGAUGGCGGCAAUUUGGCCAUACAGGAUGCACGUCAAAGUGACGAGGGUCAAUACCAGUGCAUUGCCAAGAAUCCUGUCGGUGUGCGCGAAUCAUCCCUAGCCACGCUCAAAGUACAUGUUAAGCCCUACAUCAUACGCGGACCACAUGAUCAAACGGUGCUCGAAGGCGCCUCCGUCACCUUUCCCUGCCGCGUGGGCGGGGAUCCCAUGCCGGAUGUGCUCUGGCUGCGCACAGCCUCCGGCGGCAACAUGCCCCUCGACCGUGUCAGCGUGCUGGAGGAUCGCAGCCUGCGCCUGGAGCGCGUUACGAUUGCGGACGAGGGCGAAUACAGCUGCGAGGCAGAUAACGUUGUGGGCGCCAUUACAGCAAUGGGCACACUGACGGUGUUUGCACCCCCGAAAUUCAUACAACGACCCGCGAGCAAAUCGGUUGAGCUCGGAGCGGAUACCUCGUUUGAGUGCCGUGCAUCGGGCAAUCCAAAGCCCACAAUCUUCUGGACAAUCAAGAACAACAGCACGCUGAUUUUUCCCGGUGCACCGCCUCUCGAUCGCUUUCACAGUCUGAACACUGAGGAGGGGCAUUCGAUAUUGACGUUGACGCGCUUUCAACGCACCGACAAGGAUCUGGUGAUCGUUUGCAAUGCCAUGAACGAGGUGGCUAGCAUCACGUCCCGGGUGCAGCUGACGCUUGACUCCCAGGAGGAUCGACCGCCACCAAUAAUCAUCGCUGGACCCGUGAAUCAAACGCUGCCCGUCAAGUCGCUGGCCACGCUUCAGUGCAAGGCAAUUGGCUUGCCCAAUCCAACGAUUUCGUGGUAUCGCGAUGGCAUCCCCGUGCAUCCCAGUGCCAAGCUGAAUAUCACAACUGCCGGAGAUCUGAUCAUAUCUGAUCUGGAUCGUCAGCAGGAUCAGGGUCUGUACACGUGCGUGGCCAGCUCGCGGGCUGGCAAGUCCACCUGGAGCGGCUUCCUACGCAUUGAGUUGCCCACCAAUCCGAACAUCAAGUUCUAUCGCGCACCCGAGCAAAGCAAAUGCCCCACGGCACCCGGACAGCCCACGGUGCUGAAUGCCACAGCCUCGGCCAUGACAAUUGUGUGGCCCACGAGCGACAAGCUGGGCGCCUCGCCCUUUCACGGCUACAGCGUGGAGAUGUACUGCACGAACAAGAGCAAAACCUGGAUACCUAUUGCCAGCAGGCUGAGCGAGCCCAUUGUCACGGUGGAGCGACUGGAAGCAGGCGCCGCCUAUAUGUUCAUAGUGCGCGCAGAGAAUGCUUUGGGCUUCUCGCCCCCAUCGCCCAUCUCGGAGCCAAUUACAGCUGGACAGCUUGUCGGCGCCAGCUCCUCGGGCUCGGCCAGCUCGCAGCUGAUGCUCAGCGAUGUGGAGACGCUGCUGCAAGCGAACGACAUAGUCGAGCUGCUCGAGGCCAAUGCCAGCGACUCGACUUCGAUUCGCUUGGCCUGGGAUAUAGACAGCGGGCAAUAUAUCGAGGGCUACUAUUUGUAUGCCAGAGAGCUGCGCUCCUCGGAGUACAAGAUGUUGACGCUGCUCAACAAGGGGCAGGGCUUGAGCUCGUGCACGGUGCCCGGUCUGGCGAAGGCUUCUACGUAUGAGUUUUUUCUUGUGCCAUUUUACAAGAGCGUCGUAGGCAAGCCCUCCAACUCGAGGCAAGCUCGCACCCUGGAAGAUGUGCCCGAGGCGCCGCCAUUCGGCAUGGAGGCCAUCCAAUUCAAUCGCACCUCCGUCUUCCUGAAAUGGCUUGCGCCACAGCCGAAUCGCACACGCAAUGGCAUUCUCACCAGCUACAAUGUGCUCGUGAAAGGUCUGGACGUGCACAAUACGACGCGUAUAUUCAAAAAUAUGACCAUCGAUGCGGCGACCCCAACUCUGCUGCUGGCCAACCUCACCACGGGCGUCACCUACUACAUAGCCGUAGCGGCGGCCACACGCGUGGGCGUUGGGCCCUUCAGCAAGCCCGCUGUGUUGCGCAUCGAUGCGAGGACCCAAUCGCUGGACACCGGCUAUACGCGCUAUCCCAUCAGUCGUGAUAUAGCCGAUGACUUUUUAACGCAGACCUGGUUUAUCGUCCUGCUGGGCUCCAUCAUAGCCAUAAUUGUGUUUCUAUUGGGCGCAUUGGUUCUAUUCAAACGCUAUCAAUUUAUCAAGCAGACCUCGCUGGGCAGCUUACAUGGUAAUCACGCAAUCGGCACCGUGCGAAAGUUUCCAACGCUUCCGAUGAAUGGCGCUGGAGCUGGAGUUGGUGGUGGCGGUGGUGGUGGCAGCUGUGUUGGCGUUGGUGGUGCUGGUGGCAAUUCAGCUGGCUCCAAUGGCCUGUGGAUCGAUCCCAGCGGCGGCGUUUGGCGACAGGCAGGACCCAGCUCAACGACAAAGGACCAACUUCCGGGCUAUGCCCAGGCCACAGCACAACAAGGCGGACAACCGAGACAACAACAAGGACAGGGACAAUCAAAUACACAACAGCCACUGCCUGAUUAUGAGAGGCUAUCGCCAUUGAAUAUGCCGGACUAUGCGGAAGUGGCCUGCUCGACAUUCAAAAGCCCCCACAACAAUGCAGCCCAGACUUCCGUGGGAUCAUCAUUGUAUGAUAGCUGCGGUGCGUAUGCGACAACGAAUGUGGUGGCCAAUGUGAAGCUCUAUCAGAAUCGCUAUGCCGCCAAGCCGGGCAACAACAACAAUGGCUGCAACACUGAUUACCAGGCGGCGGGCAUGUACUCGGCACCGGCGAGCGCGCAUUAUGGCUGCCUCGAGCCGAAUCCAAUGACCGUUUCAACAGCCUCGACGGCUUUGAUCAGCAACUCGCCGGCGAAGCUGAAAAAGAUCAACAUAACCGAGAACAAGUUGGAGCAAAUGCAAAAGAACGAGACGAACUCAAAGACCCAGGAGCGCACGAAUCCAUUCAAUCAGCAGCAGCAGCUGCUGCUGGCGAGCAACGCCCUGAAGCAGGGCUUGGGCGCCUAUGCGAACACCACGCUGGCCGCUCAGAUGGCCAGCGGCGGCGGAGCUGGCACUCUGAGACGGCAGCGACAGCCCAAGACGCUCUUCAAGAGCGAGAACAAUAUACUGGGCAAAUCGGCUAGGCAGCCAAACAAUGUGGAUUAUCUGACGGGCGGACCACCAGCAGCGGCAUCGGCAUCGGCGUCGGCAUCGUCUGCUGCUGGAGCUGAUCAACUGGAUGCAGAUUUCUCGGCUCUGUGCAAUUCGACGAAUCAGCUGCUCAAUGAUUGGACUUCCAAUGAUUUUCAUCAUUUCGGCAGCAAGCAGCCCAACAAGCAGCAUCUGUACGUCAAGGCAAAGGAUGGCACCUGGUCGGCUGUUAGCUCCGAUGCCUAUCAGACCUUCAAGCAGCAGCAGCAGCAGCAGCAGCAAUUCCAAGCCGGCACAGGUGACAACAAGCUGCCCCUGCUGAUAGCUAAUCCCGCCCAUAGCUCGAACAGCCUAGCGUCUGAUAGCAAAUUCCUGAGUAGCUUCGGCACCAGCGCUAACGUCUAA